AUGCGGGCAAUGCCCCCUCCCCCGUGCUGUCGGCAGGACACGCCCACUCUGCCUAUGAAGCUGAAGAUACCGCAUCGUAUUCAACCGUCUGUGGCCGUGGACCAACUUUGGGAUUUCCCAGACCCUGUCUCGAUAACUUCCACGCCCUUGAAGCCUAGGCCACCACCUCGACAAAGACAGGCAGACCCAGUAGCCUCUGACACCCCAAGCAAAAAGAGAAUGGUAGAGGAUGAUGUCUUACCUACCAAAUGUGAAGUUCAGAUGGGAAUGGACAUUGUUGGUCCAAUGACAGCUCUUGGUGAUCACAUCUACAGCACUAUCAAAUCUACUGCUGAUGCCUCCACACAAACAAACUUGUGUUUUGAUGACAUCAGCUCAUACACAGAUGAUGUGCUGCAGAACCCCAAGAUGCUGACCAAAAAAUUAACAAUGGAUAACAUCACAAGAAACAACAAAAGCAGCAAGUUUUACACUGGGCUCAGUGUUGCCAUGCUCAUGCUGGUGUUCAACUGGUUGAAGGACAAGGCUGCCAGGAUGACUUACUGA